CAGAUGCUGGAGAACACAGCCGUGCCUGCCCUGAAGCAGCUGAUUCUGCUGCACCGGGAGGACGGCCCCAGCCCCUCCCGCACCGUUGAGUGGCUCAACAUGCGCAGCUGGUGCUCAGGACAUCUUCACAUCAAGUGCUCUCCCGCCGGAGCCCCAACAAGCUGGGAGAUGUACGCAAAGGUCUUUGAGAAGGACGCCGACUGGCACAGCGUGGCACGGGUCCUGGCUGGCAACAGCAUUGCCCUGGUGCUGGCAGGAGGAGGGGCCAGGGGCUGCUCCUACAUCGGGGUGAUCAAGGCCAUGGAGGAAACUGGGAUCCCCAUUGACCUGAUCGGGGGCACAUCCAUUGGCUCCUUCAUCGGGGCUCUCUAUGCUGAAGAGCGCAGUGCUGUGCGCACCAAGCAGCGUGCCCGUGAAUGGGCCAAGAGCAUGAACUCCGUGUUUGAGACAGUCCUGGACCUCACGUACCCCAUCACCUCCAUGUUCUCCGGCUCGGCCUUCAACACCAGCAUCAACAAGGUCUUCCAGGACAAGCAGAUUGAGGAUCUGUGGCUCCCCUACUUCAACGUGACGAUGGACAUCACAGCCUCGGCCAUGCGGGUCCACAAGGACGGGCCUGACUGCUUCUGUUCCUGCUCACUGUGGCAGUAUGUGCGAGCAAGCAUGACCCUUUCUGGGUACCUGCCGCUACUCUGUGACCCCAAGGAUGGCAACUUACUGAUGGACGGUGGCUACAUCAACAACCUGCCAGCGGACAUUGCCCGGAACAUGGGCGCCAAGACAGUGGUCGCCAUCGACAUGGGCAGCCAGGACGAGACUGACCUCUGCAACUACGGCGACAGCCUCUCAGGCUGGUGGCUGCUGUGGAAACGCCUCAGUCCCGGGGCCCAGAAGGUUAAGGUGCCCGAUAUGGCGGAGAUCCAGUCAUCCCUGGCCUAUGUGUCAUGUGUGGGCCAGCUGGAGGUAGUAAAGUCGAGCUCCUACUGCAAAUACAUUCGCCCACCCAUCGACUGCUUCAAAACCAUGGACUUUGGCAAGUUCGCAGAGAUCUACUUGAGACGUGGCUACCAGCACGGCAAGGUGAUGUUCAGCGGCUGGAGCUGCGGCGACAUCAUUGAGAAGAUGGUGAAGGACCGGUGCUCAGCCGACUUCUACGAGAGCAAGCGCAUGGAUCUGCUGACUUGCCCCAGCGCGGGGUUCACUGAUCUGGCUAAGAUCGUGUCUUGCAUCGAGCCGGCCAAGAGCUACCUGUCCGAUGGCUACACUGAUGGUGGGGAAUCUGACUACCUGACAGAGUACGAGGAGGAAGGGCUGGACCCCACGCGGGGAGAGGAGGAGCUGUUAGCACCGGCUGAGUGGACCCACACUGAGGUAUUUGAGACUGAGAAGAGUCUGCGGUACCGCAACUCCCCGCCCCCGGAGCGAGCCCAGCCGCCUGCUCCCGGACUGGGACAGAUGGAGCCUGCAGGCCCAGGGCUGGCACUAGGAGACUGCAGCCUGCAUGUGGCUGGGGCACUGGAGCCCAUCCUGCGCUGGAGCCUCCGGCCUGCAUCCACUGCUGGAGUCCUGAGGCAAGCCUGGUUCCACUCGGUUAAUGGCCAGGGUUCUGCUGGGGUCAGCAGCCCUUCUACAUCUCCCAGUGUGCAGUGGGACCUGGCCUGGGCUCACCUCAGGGUGGAGUAG